AUGGCCCCCAAGCUUGACCCCAACGAAAUCAAGAUCAUCUACCUGCGGGCGACGGGAGGUGAAGUCGGUGCCUCGUCGGCACUCGCUCCCAAAAUCGGUCCUCUUGGUCUUUCACCGAAGAAGGUCGGUGAAGAUAUCGCCAAGGCCACUGGUGCAUGGAAGGGUCUCCGGGUGACCGUCCAGCUCACCAUUCAAAACCGUCAAGCCAAGGUCGACGUCGUUCCCUCCGCAUCAUCCCUUGUUAUCAAGGCUCUCAAGGGUAUGUUCGAAGUGCUCGUGCUGGAUGGGAGUCUACAUAAUCACGUCGAGCCCCCACGCGACCGCAAGAAGGAGAAGAACAUCAAGCACUCCGGAAACAUCACCUUCGACGAGGUGCUCGACAUUGCGCGCACCAUGCGCUCAAAAUCUCUCGCGAAGUCACUUGCAAACGGCGCGAAGGAGAUUCUUGGCACCGCGCAGUCGGUGGGCUGCACAGUUGACGGCCAGCCUCCUCACGACAUCAUUGACCAGAUCAACAAUGGGGAGAUAGAGGUACCCGACGAGUAG